GGAAAUUACUGUUUAAAAGCCUUUCCCCUUUGGAGCUCCGCUGAGAUCUACAAAAAACGCAAACAAUGGCCCCCAGGAACAGAGGGAAAGGGAAGAAAGGAGGGAAACAGAAGAAAAAGAAGAAUGUGGCAGAAAAUGAAGUGGAGGAGAAAUACAGGAAAGCAGCCCUGGAGGUCGACAUCCUCAAAGAGCACCUAGCCCUCCGGAGGGACGUGGCCAGGCAGGCGAAGGCUGACAGCGAAGGACUCAAGCAGAGGCUGCUGGAGCUGGAGCAGGAGCUGGAGAUGUCACGGGACGACAAGAAAGACAUUUACGAAGAGAUGAUCCGGCAGUACCAGGAGCUCCAGCGGCAGACAGAGACCCGCAUACAGCAACUGGAGACCGAGACAAAGCAGCUACAGGAGCAGCUCGCUGUGACGUCCAGGCUCCUGUGCUGGGCUCUGCUGCCUGCCAUCCCCUGCAGCUAUUCAGCAUUCCAACUCCACUGCCCUCCUCCUCUCACUGCCUGGUCUCUCUCCCUGCCAGCAACGUGCCGUGAGGAUAUCCAGCAGGCCCGGGCAGAGAGAGAGCAGGUGCUGGGGGAGAAGGACCAGACCAUCGCCGAGCUGCAGGGCAAAAUCAAUGCCAUGGAGACAGAGUAUGAAAAGAUCCUGCACGGCAGCCUGGACCGAGUCCUUUCCAAGCUGGCAGCCGCCCAGGGCUGCUGGGAGAAGGAAGCCACAGCCAUGCACAUGGAGCACAAGGAGAGACUGCGAGAGUUCGGGCUCAAUCCCCUGGAGAUCUAGGGCCCUGGUUUACACUGGGGCAAGGGGCCAUGAAGACCCCCCAGCAUGGCCAACCACUAACCCCUCAGCAGUGGCAGCUGGGGUGUUUUGCCUGACAGGGCCAGCAGAUAUUCUCCUAACUGGGGGGAGUGUGGGAGGAAGGGGGACUUAGCUCUAGGGGAAGGAGCUGGAUCAACAGCCCUGGAGACUGGUGUCCUCCAGCCCCAGUGCAGCUCUCUCGGCCCCAUGCCCAGCUCACCUUGGCCUGGGCCCCCCAGCUAGCAGGGAGAGAACAGUUCAGUCUCCCUGCCCCCUUUGCUCCUUGGCUUCUCUGCUGAGACCGGCCCUUCCCGCUGCCCCCAACCUCCUGUCCCUUCCCCGAGAGUCCCAUCAGGUUCACUGCUUCUCAGAGCAGCUUAGGUAAAAUUUUUUAAAUGGUUUUAAUUGUGUAAAAUGAGAAUAGAAGGAGGAAGUGGCAGCCAGCUCCGGUGCAGCAGGAGGGAUGGACGGCAGCAGCUGGGCUGGGGCUUGCAGAAGGAAAGGUCGGGGAGGGGCACAGCACAACACAAGGGGCCAGACCCUCAACGAGCUAGUUGGGAACUUACACAAUGGAGGUCAGGCCCCAGGCAAAGGGAGUAACCAUUUGGGGCCCUGGCCCCUGCAUGCCAUGCAACUGCUGACCCCACCCUCUGCUCCCCCAACCCCCAGCAUACACAGUGCUCCUGAGAGGCGGGCUGUGCUCUCCCAGCAGUGGAGGGCACGUGUGGCCCCGUCCCCUGCAGAUUGAGGAGCUAGCCUGGAUUCUCCCCCAUUGCCAACUGGCAUCUAGAGCCCACGUCAGAGAGGUACCUGGGUGGAAUUCAAGUCUCUGACCCGCCGAAAGGUCCUCUCCAGCCCAGCUCAGCCUGGGCAGGGGAGAUGAGGAGGCUGCUGGCAUCUGUACAGCGUUAGAAUAAAGAUAACCGCCCAGCCAGGCAGAGUCAUCUCCAGGCCCCAGCGAAAGCAAUGCCAGCAAUAACCCACUGCCUCUGGUUAAACAUCGCCAAAUGCUCCCACAUCUUCUCCCAGGAGACUUUCCACCAGCCCCCCAAGUCCCUAGAGCCAGCCCCACAAUGCAACUGACUCCACUUUACACCAGCAAAAGGUUUGGGCCCCCAGCAUAUAACUUGCUGCCAUUCCUCCCCCCGCUAAUUCUCCACUCUUAAUGGACAGCCCGGCCCCUUGCAUCUCUUGGGCCACAACCUCUCAGCAGGCAGGCAGGGUUUCACUGCCGUUAACCUCAGCAUCUCUCCAAACUAUGCAGCUGGAGAGGUUAACUGUAAAUGCCACAAUUAGGACCCAAUACAGCAGCUUUACUGUCUCCAAACCUCCAUGCUUUGUUGCAGUGCCCCAGGUACAACUCCUUGGUAGAGCCAGUGCUAGCAGCAAAAGGGGUGAAGAGACACGAUUGUCCUUCAGUUACACAUGGUGCCACUGUGUCUGUUAAUAAAAAGUUGAUGUGAAGCUUCAGCCAGGUGGGUGAUUGGUUUCCCUGAGGUGCAGGCCCCUGGGCCUCCUUGUUUCACUGACCUCACCUGUUCUGGUCCCUGCUCCCAUGCUGGGCCUGCCCUUAAUCUGUGAGUCCAAUCUCAGGAGAAGUGGCAGCUUUAAA